AUGAGUCAUCAAGAACAGGAAUUGGCGGAAGUAAAUCCUGCUCGUGAAAAUGAAAGUCACGAUGUCACUGAAAAUGAAAAACCCUCGGCGGAAGAAAACCGACCGACUGUCGACAAACAGGAACCCAUUCGUCGAAUGAAACUACCUCAAGAUAUUCGUUAUGCAACUGAACAAAGUGAUCGAGACAAACUCUCAGAAAAAUACGCACACUAUCAAGUCUCCGAUGUCAAUACUUGCAAUAUGCGAUUUGUCAUCGACUAUCGACAAAAGAAAAACCUUCUCGGUGGACGACACGAUGAUGAAGAUUCAAAUUUACAUUCGAUUGGAAAAACAUUCAAUUUACAUAUAUUACCCGCAUAUCAAAGUCCUCCAAAACAUGCAUUUAAAGUAUUUGGUACUGAAGCAAACGUACGAAAAUGUCUUAUUGAUCUGUUGAACCGUAUAUUCAAACAACCUUCACGAUCGACAACGCAAAAUAAUUCGGAAGAUCAUCAACGUUCAACACCUACUGUCAGCAAUGAAGAAACUACGAAAGACGAUCAAAACUCUUCGUCAGAUCCCACAUCAAUAUUUGUGACGACGAUUAAUCCGGAUUCAUCCGUUACUGAGGAGAAAAAGCCGAUCAUAUCAUCAACAUCAGAUUUCAACGAAGUCAAAGAGGAUAAUCAGGAACAAGAGCAAUACAAAUUCGUACCAUUGGAGCGUAAACCUGAAUACACAUUUACAAUGUUAAUUACAGGUCAAGGACAAGAAGUAUUAAAGAAAAAUUGGAACUUUUUUGCUGGAUCAUUACAACAACGACUCAACGUCACUGUGAUGAACCCCUUUAAAUUGUAUAAAUUUGGUGAUAAUCAAUGGCAAAAUGAACUUGCUAUCACGGGUGAAUUGUUUGAGAACAUAAUCGAUGCUGCAUUACAACUGACUGCUUUUAUCAACGAUGUUCUCGGUGUACCCAAUCAACCAUAUAAAAAUGACGAAGAGUAUUUGACUAAUGAAUCCAAUAAUUAUCAACGUUCGAAAAUGAAUAAUAAUAAUAACAGUAAUAACGAUUAUCAUCACUCACAACGUCGUCAUGAUUAUAAUAAUAAUAACAACAACAAUAACAGUAAUUAUCGUCAAUCAGCACCGCAACAAUAUCAAGGACAAUCUUCGACGUUUAAUAACAACCAUCACGAACGAACGUUUUUCAAUCGUGGACGAAACAAUAGUGUGUAUGAACAAGUGAUUCUCAUUCGAGGCAAUUGUGUUGCACGUAUCGUUGGUACACGCGGUUCUAAUCUACGACGCAUUCAAACCAAAUGUCAUCUACGUGAUAUUAUUGUUGCACGUCAUCCAAACGAAAAUGGCUAUGUCGAUUGUACAUUAACUGCCUAUCAAACACAAAAUCUCACUUUUGCUAUUGACACCAUACGUGGUUUCCUACGAAACGAAGACGAUCAAGCUAUACAAAUUCUCGAAUCUCGUUACAUCGAUCUUCCAUUACAAUCAUCAUCUUAUCAAAAUUCGCUUCAACAUGACCAACCACAACUCUCAGCACCCAAUCAAAACAGAGAAAGUUCUCAGCAAUAUUCUUUCAAUAAUAAUAGUCGUCCACAACAACCAACAAUGACGUUUCCAGCUUCUUUCGAAUCAAAUUCCACUAAUAGAGAACCCGGUUUUAUGACAAGACCUUUACAUUAUGGUAAUGGUACUCAGUUACCUCAACCCUCUUACAAUUUUCGUAAUACUCCUUCGUUCGAUUUUACUCAUCAACCGACAUCAGCUGCUCGUAAAACGGAUAAACGUCCAGGUGAAAUCAAUGAUUGUACUACCAACCAAUCUACAGGUCAAACACGAACAUCUAGCGAUUGUCAAACUCAAAAUAAUCUUGAUUCGUCAUCGUCGAAUUCUUCGUCGGUUUCUCCACGACACCAGUCAAAACGUACGUGUCCGGAAACAAAAGAAAUUGAUUGCACUACUGACGAAGGAUUUUGGGUUCAAAAGCAAUACUACCAUGCGUUGGAUGAUGCAUCGAAAGAAUUAUUCGAUUCUUUACUCGAUAAAUUAGAAAAAAUCCGUAUUGCUAAUGAAGAAAAUGCAGCAAGAAAACAACAACGUCUAGUCGGACGAACCCGUGCUAAUAAAUCACGAGCUUAUCUAAGUUCCAUGACACAUGCAAAUGGGGAGAAGGAUUUCAUCAAACAAGAGGAGAAGAAUGAAGAAUUAACACAUAGCAAUGAACAAAAGGAAGAGAAAGAUGUAUCCCAACCAACACCUGAAGUCAAUAGUGAUUCCAACUAA